AUGGAAGGAAAAACGCUGGAGAAACCCAUGGUCCCUGGAAAGUCCAGGUAUAAAAUGGUGUACAUAAGAACUGAAAUUCGAAUGGCUAGGAUGGCAAGAAAAGCCAGCAACUUCUACGUACCCACUGAUCCCAAAUUGGCAUUUGUCAUCAGGAUCAGAGGUAUGAGUGGUGUGAGCCCAAAGGUUCGACAGGUGUUGCAGCUUCUUCACCUCCAUCGGAUCUUCAAUGGCACCUUUGUGAAGCUCAACAAGGCUUCGAUUAACAUGCUGAGAAUUGUGGAACCGUACAUUGCGUGGGAGUACCCAAACCUGAAGUCAGUAAAUGAACUGAUCUACAAGCGUGAUUAUGGCAAAAUCAGCAAGAAGCGAAUUGCCCUAACAGAUAACGCGUUGAUUGCGCCACCUCUUGGCAAAUACGGUAUUAUCUGCAUGGAGGACCUGAUUCCUGAGAUCUAUACUGUUGGAAAACGUUUCAAAGAAGCAAACAACUGCCUGUGGCCCUUCACAUUGUCUUCUCCACGAGGUGGAAUGAAGAAAAAGACCACCCGUUUUGUAGAAGGUGGAGAUGCUCGCCACAGGGAAGGCCAGAUCACCAGGCUUAUUAGAAGGCUGAACUAAGGUAUCUACCAUGAUUAUUUUUGUAAUCUGGUCAGUUAAUAAACAGUGACUGCUUUCAAAUUGAAAUUAAAUAAAUAAAUUAAAUUAAAU